GUUUGUGGCAUAAGCUCAAGCAGACUGAGACGGACACAGAACGAGAGACAGAGGGGAGACGACAGACUCAAGAGUUUCCAAACAAGCUGAGGGUAGCAGAACUGACGAGGAGAUCUUGAAGAUCUUUAUUUGGAGAAGAUUUUCUACCCUGAUUGUUGAGUUUAUUUUGGAUGGACUCUUGUUUUGUGGCUCCUGAGAUAGUUUUCUUUCCUUUCAGACAAGGCUCCUGAAAGUCAAGUUUGUGGCAGUAGGGAAGAGCAGAAGUCCUCAAAUUCAGUUUCAUUUGACUUCUGCUUGGCCAUGGCUGCUGUGCGUCCAAUGACCUCGGAGGCCUCUGGUUUCCACGUCCUGUCAGCCCACCUCAUGGCCGCUGCCAUGGAAGAGUUCCCCCAGCAGCUGCCUGUCCCUGAGGGCCUCGCAAAGGGCAAGAGUCGCUCCCGCCGGCCCCGCGAGGCUCGCUUCAAAACCCAGCCCGUCACCUUCGCAGAGAUCGCCGAGGUGGAGGAGGAAGGUUCCUCCCCGCUGGAAGAGGAAAGGGCUCGUCGCUCCUUCUUGCAGUCCUUGGAAAACCUGCGGCGGAGCACCCAGACCCUCCAUUGCCCACCGGGGGGCCAUCGCAGCUGCACCCCCACACAGACCAGCCUGGACUCCAGUGACUCCGACUCCACUCAGUGAGGAGAGGUUCUGCACUCGUCUCCUGGCUCUGAAGUUCCUCACUUAACCUUAAUGACAUUUCAGACGGAGGCCAGUCAAAUUGAACUACAACGGCCUGGACUCAUCAGCCUGCCUGCAAGCUGCUGCUGCUGCGUUUAGUUCACUAACACCAGACUGAAGAUCCACUUCAUGUGCACAAAGACCUUCUGCCACAGGCUGGUUUCACUGCCGUACAGAUCUGAUGUGUGUAAAGACAGACGACGAUGCAGUGUUCUCUCCAAAUGUAUCUUUUUCUAUUGUUUCUAGAUCGCAGAUAUUUUUCCAUAUUGAAAAUGUCUUACGACUCAGAUUUUUCUACCUGACCACUAAUGGCUGAGGGAACUGUUGAAAGUGUGAGCGCUGCUUGUACACCGAGAAAGAAAAACCUCCUGCUUUGAAAGUGACCCGGCUGUCACUGAAGCUGUACCACAACGAAGAGUCUCGACUCGUUUCCUAAGAAAUUUGAGCUCCUGCUUUAACUUCUGAACACAUAUCACCUUUCCAAAUGUCUCUAUUUUGUAUGUAUUUAUUUUCGUUUUAUUAUUUUAGUCAUAGCCAAGUGAAUUUUGAUAGAUGUAACAUAUUAUUUCAGUUUUUGCCUUCUUGACACAAUGACUUUUAAAGAAACUGAUAACCUUUAUACUUCA